GCUGUGCAUGAGGAGGUGCUCCGCAGGCGCGGCGUGCUUCGUGAUGACAACAUCCUUGUGUAUGGGAAACCGGUGCCCGAGCAGGAUCUCUGGACCGGGGCCUAUCUCGAUGACCUGCUGGUUGCGCUGCGGUGUACGGUGCCCGAGCCGGUGCCUUUGGAUGGAACUUUUGUGCCACCCGAGCCGCAGGAAUCCGAUGAGGAUGUGCGGGCCAUUCGCGCCGCGAUCGCCGGCUACGAGGAGGCCGGGCUGCAGCGAGCAGUGCAUAAGGAGUUCAACCAGAUCGUGGACUUCAAAGCAUGGGGUGCUGUAGUGAAGGGGGUGAAGGGUACAGUGGGUGCACCCAUGGAGGUGCGUCAACAGCUGUGGGCGCUCCUGGCCAAGGUGGUGUCCUUGGGCUGGUGCACUCGUGAAGUGUUGCAACGAAUUGUUGGCUAUGUUUCGUUUGUCUUUCAGUUUCGGAGGGAGAUGUACUCAUUGCAGCAUCACAUCUACAAGUUCAUGGCAAACCUCCCGAGGCAGAAGUGGCGACGUAUUCCAGGCCAUGUACUUGACGAGUUGCGUAGCUUUGCCCUGCACCUUCCUUUCGCUUAUUUCUCCAUGCGGAAACGACUGGACCUGGAGGUGCUGGCGACCGAUGCGACUCCGACUUCGGGAGGUGCGGUCACGGCCCUGGUCUCUGAGGCUUUAGCGGACGAGCUUUGGCGUAAGUCAGAAGUUCGGGGUGAGCCGGUGCGGUUGGAUCGGAGUGAAGGCUUCCUCUCGAGUAUUGCGCCUCCUGCGGCGCCCUCCCAGUUUGCCAGUGCGGUGGCCGAGUCCUUGCCUUGGUCCGUCAUCAGCUCCUACUCGUUCCGCCAGACGUCCCACAUUAAUCUUCAGGAAUUACGUGCUCUUCGACGAGAAAUUGUUCGUUUGGCAUCAAGGAGCUCGGGGGAGGGGCAGAUCAAGCUUUGCCUUAACGACAGCCGGGUAGUGAUCGGAGCGGUGACGAAGGGGCGUUCCUCCAGCUAUAAGUUGAACGGGCUUCUUCGGACCAUGUUACCGUAUCUGACUGCUGCGAAUAUCACCUUGGCUUUGCUGUGGGUUGAGACUGAAUCCAACAGGGCAGACGCUCCUUCUAGAUUCGAGUCACUGCCGGCUCCAGUGCCGGCCCCUCCUUGGCUGCAGAGUUUUGGUGUGGACGCUUGGCGUGCAGGUGCCGGCCUAGAAGUGUUUUCCCGAGCGGGGCGAAUGACAGAGGCGCAUCGUGCUCUGGGGUUACCUAUGCUGGAGCCGAUCGACUUUACUUUAGGUCGUGACGUCUUCGACUCGGACAUUGAGGCCCGGCUUCGUCGACGCGAGGUGGCCUGGCUGUGGUUGGCUCCUCCUUCAAAGGGCUUCAAUCGUCGGUGGUGUGCCCAGGCCGGACCGGCGAUACGACCAAAAGGGGAGCCAGAAGGUGACGAGGCAGACCCGAGGACCUGGUGGGGCAAUCUUUUGUGGCGGCAUUCCUUGUACUUGGCCCAGGUCGCUCUCGACCACGGAGUGUUCGUCUUCUUGGAGCAUCCGAGGAAAAGUUUGGCUUGGGCCUUGCGGGACACUGAGCUGUUCCAACACCGUGCAGGGAUGAUCAAGCAUAGAGUGGAUUGGUGCAUGUAUGGGGAACACGGGCAUGAUCUCUCAGUGGGAAAUGCACAGAGUGUGGUGUUGUCCAAUGCUCCGUGGCUGGGUUCAGUGAUCCGACGCUGUGCUCAGAAGCAUGUGCACCCGAUCCCGGUUCGAGGCUCGAGUGCCAAAAGGUGUGAUCAUCCGUGGGGCUUCUGUGUCGAGCUCGCCAAUGCCUACCGCAGCUGGAAGGAGGCCUCUUCGGAGUAUCGCAGAGGGCUUCGGGAGGCAGGUGCGUGGCUCCUCUCGAUGGCUCUUGCUUUGGGGGCGCCUUUGCGGCGCUCGUCGUCUCCAGGCCUUGUGGACCGGUGGCUGGAACGCUGCGUGGACCACGCUUAUCGCACAGGUGAGAAGCUCUACCGGGUUCGACUUGGAGUACUAGGUGUGCAGCGCAUCCUUAACAUUGCUGGUCCUUUAUUGCGCUCAACCUGGUCAGCUCUUCGGGGAUGGCGAGCGCUACAACCAGUGCGAUCCAGGGUGCCGAUCUCGUCUUCACUGUUGCAUGCGUUCCUGGUGGUGUCUUUGGCUCGUGGCAACGCCGAGGUGGGCCGUGCUCGCGAGAGGUGGUGGUCAGCAAUGCUGGCAGCUUGGCUCUCUUUUGAAGGUCUGCUUCGGCCAGGUGAACUUUGCCAAUUGCGAGCAGGUGACAUUGAUCUGCCGUUGGAUAGCCUCACCGCUGCCGAUGAAGGCCUCAUCCUGACGAUUCGGCAGCCCAAAACACGUCGGGUAUACCACACUCAGUUUGUCCUUGUGAAGGAACCGCGUUUGGUCAAAUGGAUGGUGUGGUGGCUUGAUGCUGUACCAUCAGGCAGAAAAUUGUUCAGGCUGGGGCGUCGAGAGUGGGCCCGCCUUCUGACGGCAGGUCUCUCAGCUCUGGGUGCAGACCAGAACGGCUACACCUUGGGCAGCCUGAGAGGAGGUGGAGCUACGGCCCAUUUUCGAGCUCAUGAGAAUCUGGCACGCCUUCAGUAUCAUGGACGUUGGGCCAGGUCGGAAACACUACGCUUUUACUUGCACGAGGCGUGGGCAGCCCAGGGGGAUGCUCAGCUCUCUGCAUCUAGCAAGGAGCGACGGCUGCAGCGGGCCCUGCGAGAGCUCGCGGACGCGCUCCAGGAGGCGGAACAGGAGGAGCAGCAAAAGGAAAGUCGGGCUAGCCAACCAGGGCGCGGAAGUGCUUCGUCUAGGGCGACGUCGCCGGCUCCCUCUUUGGCAGGUUCGUCUUCUUCCUGGUCACGCGUGGGCGGUGCAAAAGCGAGAGCAGCGGCGACUGAGAGGGACCCGCUUCGACGGCGGGCGAUUGUGCACCUCUCACGUCCGACUCCGUCGCGUCGACUCAGUGGAGGCCGCCAUGGACCGGUGGAAUUCCGUUCAUCCGAACCAUCCUUGCCCACAGCUCAAGCUGUAGAUGUGACGGCCUCGACCUUGUUGCAGGCGGCGCAGUCGGCGGCUCAAAGUUUGGGGGAGCAUGAAGUGGAUCAAGGCUUAACUCCUGCGGAGAUUCUGCAAGAUCAACACAGCAGGGACUCAGCUUCACGAUGGAGGGCGGGAGAUGCCCGCCGUCGCAUCACAGCGGCCCUUGCUCGCUUGGUCAACUCACUGCAGUCCUGGACGACGGGCUCCACGGAGCGCGCUUCGACGCGCAAUGGGCCACAGCCGGUGCGCCCCCGGCCGGUGCAAGCGCUGAGGGUAGAUCCCUCAACUGCCGCGGCUUCCUCGAUGUGGUGGCCGCGGUACUCCUGGAUAAACAAGUGGACUCUCCUGGGGCUCAUGCUCAUGGUCCUCUUUCCCAAGGUGACGGCGCUCGUCUUCGGCUUGAUGGUGCGAUUGGUACUACGUGCCCUCUCGGCCCUCAUCUCGCACUUGGCUCGUGAGUUGUUCACUCAGAUCUUGGAGAUCACAGGGGACAUUGAAGCUCAGCUGGUGCACUUCUUGAGCGUCCAGCUUGGGUUGACAUCCGACUGGCAUCCUCCAAUGACGAUGCCAGGAGCACCAGCUCCGCCGGUCUAUCCGGCGUUUGCUCCGCCACCUGCGCCUCCAGCUGCCCUCCCAGCCCGCCCCAUGGACAUGAUCACCUUGGUGCUGGUGGCCCUGCAACUUCGCAAUGCCCCAGGUCUGGGGUGGGGUGGGGGACAAUGCUGA